AUGUCGAUGUCUCGGAGCAGCAAGAUGCUGCAGUACGUGAACUACCGCAUGCGCAUCACCAUCCUGGAUGGGCGAGUGCUUGUUGGGACCCUCAUGGCCUUCGACCGACACCUCAACCUGGUACUAGGCGACUGCGAAGAGUACCGUAGGUUCAAGCCCAAGAAGGGCUCCGAGGCAGCCGCCGGCAUCCACGAAGAGCGGGAAGAAAAGCGAGUGCUGGGGCUUGUCCUACUCCGCGGAGAGAACGUCCAGUCCCUCACCGUGGAAGGCCCGCCGCCGGCGGAGGACACGGGCAAGGCGACCCCGGGGGGCCCCGGGGUGGGCCGGGCGGCGGGGCGCGGGGUACCCACGAUGCCGGUGCAGGGCGCGCCCCGGGGUCUCGCGGGGCCCGUGAGGGGGAUCGGCGGGCCGGCGUCUUCGAUGAUGCAGCCCCAGGCAGUGGCGGCGUCCGCUCAAGCACAGGCAUACGGCCGCGGUGCCCCCAUGGGUCGCGGCCCCCCCGGACAAAUGCCUCCUGGUGGAAGAGGAAUGCCCCCGGCCGGCUACGGGGGGCCCCCGAUGGGUAUGCCGGGUGGUGGGUACCCGGGGAUGCCGCCGAUGGGGAGAGGCAUGCCCCCCCCGGGACAGGGGGGGUACCCGCCACGAUCGGGCUAGGAGAACAUGAUGACUCAGAAAGGGAGAUGAUAUAUGAAGGGGGUGAAGAGAGACGAGCACUGCGUGCUGGGACGGGUGUUGACAAUACCCGCCCCGUGAAUAUGGCGGAAGACGGGAUUCCACGAAGUCUAGGCGAUGAUGGUAGUGGGGAUACGGGUUUUGGGAUGAAAAUCCGGCUUCGAACAUGGGGUACACCACGACAUUCGUCGCGCAUGAAAAGUGGGACAUUGGAGUUUUUUGUGUCUUUGUGCCGAUAGAAGUUUUCCCUCGGCGGAAGCAUGUUUUUUCCAGAGCCCGUUGCGCGACUUUUCGUCGGUGGCAUUGAGAGGCAUGUGGGAUGGACGGACGGUGCAAAGAGAUUGCCUGCGGGCCAUGGCAGUCAACGCGUUGUGCAGCUUGCCUGGUUGCACAACCCCCACUAAGUAAGGCCCCACCACGAAUUUGUUCUUGUAAGGCAUCUAGAUGAGCGGUUGGCCGACGCACUGAUAUUUUUGUAUUUUUUUUGCAUGUGUGCGGUGCGUCGGCGUUAGUCGGUGAGAACAAAGUAAAUACGCAACAAAUGAGCCGCUGCUGUCAACACGGGCUAGAUAGCAGUGCCCCAUACAAGCGCGAACGUCAUGGGCAAACAAGGGUACCAGCAGAUACCGACAGCAGUGUGCAUGGUACUCAAAUGUGUAGUCUUUGAGACAUGCCCCAUCGCAACCGCAAACAACGAGAGCCAAAAGCUGCACUACUCGAUGCCGACCAACAGGGUGUGUCGGAGAGUUUCCCCCACGGAGAUGCUGCGUGUUGCAUUGCAUGCCUCCCAUUUUUUUUGCUGCUGAGGUAUUCUAGUGCGGGCGACGAGGUUCUCCUGCAGUCCUUGGGGAACUAAAUGUACCGUAAUCUAGGUGCGAGACGCCCAAGUC